GCUUAAUCAAAGAUGAUUUCCGCUACAUGUUAGUUGACAGUCAGUGACGUUUGACGGGAGUCCAUCAGCUCAGUGGCCGUUGAUGGACCAUCCCUAUGAAGAAACAGGCUUACAAUGGGACAGAGUACCUCGGAACAAGAGGUCCAAGGAGACAACCCUGAGGACGGGUUUAAUAACAUCAAGACAUUUGUGGAGGAGGAACUACAGACAAGCAUGAUGGUCGGGAUGGUGAUUGGUGCUGGAAUCGCCAUAGUCCUCAUCGCCAUCCUCAUCUUCUUCAUCUUGCGGAGGAUCCAGCUUCGAAACCUCGAAGCCCAGGAGGCUCCCAAAUACCGCUUUCGCAAGAGGGACAAAGUCAUGUUCUAUGGGCGAAAGAUCAUGCGUAAAGUCUCUCAGUCUACCUCUUCCCUGGUGGGUACAUCCUCUUCCUCUCGGCCACGCCUGAAAAAGAAGCAGAAGAUGCUCAACAUUGCCAAAAAGAUCCUGCGCUUUAAGAAGGAGGUGCCCACCCUGCAGGCCAAGGAGCCCCCUCCCUCAGUGCUGGAGGCAGACCUCACAGAGUUUGAUGUGGCCAACUCUCACCUCCCCUCUGAGGUGCUCUACAUGCUUAAAAAUGUCCGUGUGCUGGGUCACUUUGAGAAGCCCCUCUUCCUGGAGCUGUGCAAACACAUGGUGUUUCUGCAGUUCCAACAAGGGGAAUACGUCUUCAGGCCGGGCCAGCCUGACAGCAGCAUCUACGUGGUUCAGGAUGGAAAACUAGAAUUGUGCCUUACUGGAACAGAUGGCAAAGAAAAUGUGGUAAAGGAGGUUUACCCAGGAGACAGCGUCCACAGCCUCCUCAGCAUCCUGGAUGUCAUCACAGGCCACCAGAAGCCUUACAGAACGGUGUCAGCACGGGCUGCAGAGGUUUCCACUGUUCUCCGUUUACCUGUAGAGGCCUUCCUGUCUAUAUUUGAGAAGUACCCUGAGAGCCUGGUGCGGGUAGUACAGAUUAUCAUGGUUCGUCUCCAAAGAGUAACAGUCCUAGCCCUGCACAACUAUCUGGGGCUCACAAAUGAGCUCUUCAGCCAUGAAAUGCAGCCCUCACGUCUGCCACCGCCGUCUCCCCACCCAACUCGUACCAGUCCCAUCCGCCACGGCAAGCGCUUUGGCAGUCUGACAGUGCCUGAGGAGCAUCGGGAAGCUGCCAUUAAGGGUGAAGCUACAGGAGGAGAACAAGGGAAGGAUGCAGCAACAGUGCCAACUCUUAGCAGGACCAUCUCCAUGCCUGUGGAUAUUGCUGGUAUACAGAAAGGUCUGAGAUCAGACUUUGACAUGGCAUAUGAAAGGGGACGGAUCUCUGUUUCUGCAGAGGAUGGCAACACUCCUCCCACCUAUAGUCGGUCUAUAUCUCAGGACCAGCGGGAGAGGAAGGUGACAGUAGACGAGGUUCCCUCAGGGAUCUACCUGUAUCCAGAGGAAGAGCCGGGAGUGGACAACAUUUUCUCACCCAUAUCCAGUCGAUCCAGUGCUUCUCUGUUUGAGGAAGCUCAGAAAGAGGUUCUCAAGCUCAUGAGGAUUGAGGACCCCACCUUGUUAAAUGGGAGAGUGACUCUGCACCAUGCAAAAGCUGGAGCCGUCUUGGCCAGACAGGGAGACCAGGAUGUUAGUCUGCACUUUGUCCUGUCUGGUUGCCUGCACGUCUACCAGCGGAUGAUCAAUAAACAAGAUGCUGUUUGCUUGUUUGUCACCCACCCGGGGGAGAUGGUGGGCCAGCUCGCUGUGCUGACCGGAGAGCCCCUCAUCUUCACCAUCAAGGCCAUCCGAGACUGCACUUACCUCAAGAUCUCAAAGUCAGAUUUUUACGAGAUCAUGAGGGAGCAACCUAGUGUGGUGCUGAGUGCGGCCCACACAGUGGCCAUCCGUAUGUCUCCUUUUGUCAGACAGAUGGACUUUGCUAUUGACUGGAUGGCUGUGGAAGCUGGCAGAGCCCUCUACAGACAGGAUGACCAGUCAGACUGCACCUACAUUGUCCUGAACGGACGUCUGCGUUCAGUCAUCCGCAAGGCAAACGGCAAAAAAGAACUAGUAGGGGAAUACGGCAGAGGAGACCUCAUCGGAGUGGUGGAGGCCUUGACCAAACAGCCAAGAGCCACCACUGUCCACGCUGUGAGAGACACAGAGCUGGUCAAACUGCCCGAGGGAACGCUCAACAACAUCAAAAGACGAUAUCCACAGGUGGUGACGAGGUUGAUCCACUUGUUAGGCCAGAAAAUUCUUGGGAACCUGCAGCAGGGUCGCGGACCGUUCUCAGGUUCAGCCCUGAGUCUGCCCGGUAUGACAGCCAGUGCCGACGUAACCAACCCCGCCAGCAACCUCUCCACAGUGGCUGUGCUGCCUGUAUGUGAUGAGGUGCCGAUCAAUGCGUUCAACCUGGAACUCAGCCAUGCCCUCAGUGCCAUCGGGCCCACUCUGCUAUUAACCAGUGACAUAAUCAGAGAGCGACUGGGUGCUUCUGCUUUGGACAGUAUCCAUGAGUACCGUCUGUCCGGCUGGCUGGCCCAGCAGGAGGACAUCAAUCGGAUUGUCCUUUACCAGACUGACAACAGCAUGACCCCGUGGACUCAGCGCUGCAUCCGCCAGGCGGAUUGCAUCCUCAUUGUCGGCCUGGGGGACCAGGAGCCUGCCUUGGGAGAGUUGGAACAGAUGUUGGAGAACACAGCUGUUCGGGCUCUGAAGCAGCUGAUCCUUCUACACAAAGAGGACGGUCCAGGCCCCUCCAGGACAGUCGAGUGGCUCAACAUGCGUAGCUGGUGCUCCGGGCAUCUUCACCUCAAGUGUCCCCGCAGGGUCUUUUCCAGACGCAGCCCCAGCAAACUGAGGGAGGUAUAUGAAAAGGUGUUUGAGAAAACGGCAGACAGGCACAGUGAUUUCUCUCGGCUGGCCCGAGUCCUGACAGGAAACAGCAUCGCUCUGGUGCUGGGAGGAGGUGGAGCAAGAGGCUGCUCUCAUGUGGGUGUAAUCAAAGCUAUGGAGGAAGCAGGGAUUCCUAUUGACAUAGUGGGUGGGACCUCGAUCGGCUCAUUCAUCGGCGCGCUGUACGCUGAGGAGAGGAGCGCUGUUAGAACCAAACAGAGAGCCAGAGAGUGGUCAAAGGCAAUGAAUUCGGUAUUUAAAACAGUCCUGGACCUGACUUAUCCCAUCACCUCCAUGUUCUCCGGAUCAGCCUUCAACACCAGCAUCUACAAAGUGUUUCAGGACAAGCAAGCUGAGGACCUGUGGCUGCCGUACUUCAACGUCACCACUGACAUCACAGCUUCAGCCAUGCGUGUUCAUCAGGAUGGCUCUCUGUGGCGCUAUGUGCGUGCGAGCAUGACCCUCUCGGGGUACCUGCCGCCUCUCUGCGACCCCAAAGAUGGCAACUUGCUCAUGGACGGUGGCUACAUCAACAACCUGCCAGCGGACAUCGCGAGGAACAUGGGCGCCAGAACAGUCAUCGCCAUUGACGUGGGUAGCCAAGAUGAGACCGACCUCUGUAACUAUGGCGAUUGCCUGUCUGGCUGGUGGUUGCUGUGGAAACGAAUCAAUCCCUGGGCGGAGAAAGUAAAGGUGCCAGACAUGGCAGAGAUCCAGUCGCGGUUGGCUUAUGUGUCAUGUGUACGGCAGUUGGAGGUGGUGAAGAAGAGCGCCUACUGCGAGUAUAUCAGACCGCCCAUCGACCGCUUCAAGACCAUGGACUUUGGCAAGUUUGACGAGAUCUAUGAUGUGGGCUUCCAACAUGGCAAGCUGGUAUUCACCGGCUGGGCCCGAGGUGACAUCAUCAAGAACAUGCUGAAGGAUCACCGUUCAGCCGACUACAACGACAGCAAGAGAACUGACUCUUGCACGUGUCCAGGAGCUGACUUCACGGACCUUGCAGAGAUUGUGUCCAGGAUAGAGCCGGUCCAAAGCUACGUAGCCGCAGAAGCGGAGGAGUCAGACUGUCUGACGGAGUACGAGGAGGACGGGAUGGACACAGUGAGAGAGGAGGAGGGGGAGGAAGAGGAGGAAGAGGCAGAUGACCCUGAGGACCACUCCCCCGGAGAGUGGGGCCAGAAUGGAGUCUUCCAGACUGAUGAGGAGAAAUCUGUGAGGCAACGCAGGAAACUCACCAGUGACUCCAACACCUCAGAAGUCUCCGACUGCUGACAGCGGGCCAUGGAGGAAUAGGAGGAGUUUAAACAAGAUCAAGGGCCAAAUUAGUCCAUAAAUUGUCAAGACGAGGGACUCGGACGUCACACUCAGCUCCUGCAACUCCUGAAACUCUAACAGACUGUUUGUUUUUUUUUCUUGCUUGUUUUUUGGAGGGAAUCACCGUUCAUUCUCUAAACUGUUAAACCUUUUUCUUUAAACAUGUAUCAAGUAGCUUCCUCUUCGCUCUCACGCUGGUUUCAUCUGUUCUCAUUCUUACCACAUCGUCAAAAAUGAAUACUGUAUAUGUGGGCUCUUUGAAAGUUUACCCCUACCCAGUGUACUAUUCCCUCAACCAGAGACUCCCCGAGUAACCAACACAAGAAAACAGGGACACCUAAAACUUCCCGAGUCACUUUUUCAGUUUCAAAUGGGCCAGAAAGACGCCUCCUGCAUGUCCCGUCUGUCUCUGAAUCUUCACGUACGUCUCUAAUGUCGGUACAGCUUCAUUGCACUCCGUACACGGUCCAUUCAUUUCUCGCGUGUGUUUGUUCGGACUAGCCCGUGUAUUAGGAUGACUGUUUGGUUCAGGCUUGAAAAGACUUGUUGAAAUAGUAGCAGGGCAGUGAAAAGACAAGUAAGGCAUACAUGUAGUAGAGCUGUAGUUGAUAAGAGUUAGGUAAGUUUUAGUGUAGAUGUCAAGUAGGGAGUCAGGUAGGGGAAGCUACAGGAGGAAUAUAUGUCCAUGUAGACACCAAAGUAGAGUUUAUGUUGAAUGAACAGAGGCGAGACGAGAGCGGCGGAUUUAAAAUUUAGAUAUUUAAAGAAAACGAUUUGUUAUGGAAUUCAGAAAGAUACUGUAGAAAGUUUUGAAAUGUGGAAAAUUUAAGAAAGAACAUUAAGGGUCCAGAGAAGGAAAGAGACGGACCAGUGAGUAAAAGUGUUAUUUUAAUUUAAUUUAUUUAAAAUUCACGCACAAUAGAGUAGAGUGAGCUUGAUUUGUUGUAGGUAGACUAAACCGAAGAGAAGAUGGAGAGAAUGUGUGACGGAAACGAAGGAUGAAUGAGGUGGUUUCGGUUGAGUGGAUGACAAUUGUGUCUGCGCGCGCUUGAUAUGGUGUGUUUCAGCUGUUUCGUUUAAAAAUGAUGCCAGAUAAAGACGAGGCCUUUUCAACCGGUGUUCGAUGCACUCUCGGUGAUGGCGGAGAAGAGAGAGAGCGAUCAUUUGACUGACACUACACAAAAAAAGCGCUGUGUGUGUGUGUGUGUGCCCGCCUCUGCUUUCGAGGUCACACACACACGCACACACACGCGCUCAGGGUUUCUGCGUUUACAGAAACGGACAUGAGACAUAAGUUGAGAGGAAAGUAUAGAUGAGACUUUAUCUCUGUCUUUACAGUAAUGGAAAUCUUAAAAACCAUGCCAACAAAUUAUUGUUGAGAAAAACGUCAUUUUGACGUGAACGCUACACAGAAACCCUGAGUUAAUCCUAAACUUCAAAUGGAAACUCACCUCAUGUAACUAACACUAUAAUUAAUAUGGACCUCUUGUAGAAAUUGUAACAGGAUUAUAUUAUAAUAUACACAUUGUUGAUAUUCAUAUAUGUAUAUGAGGUGGAAAUUUGUAAGUUGAUGCUUUGCUGCAAAACAAGGGAACCUACACCUAAACAAAAAAAGGGUUUCUUCUCUUAAAAUGUUUUUUGUUCUCUGGAUGGUUGCCAGAUUUGCUUUUUGUUCUUUAUUUAUA